UAAACGAAAGUAACUAUCUUGCAGUGUGCGAAGAGUAACAAUGGAAGACGGACGUGAGAAGUGGAGUCGGAAAAUCGAAUACCUUUUGGCCACAGCAGGGUAUGCUGUUGGACUGGGGAACGUAUGGAGGUUCCCAUAUCUGUGCUACAGAAGUGGAGGGGGGGCUUUCCUGAUCCCAUUCCUGAUUAUGCUGACCCUGUGUGGUAUCCCUCUGCUUUACAUGGAGAUGGCAGUGGGUCAGUUCACGCAGCAGGGGCCAAUAGGGGCCAUUGGGAGACUGUGUCCUCUAUUCAAAGGUGCUGGCCUUGCCACUGUGGUGAUGUCGUUUUUGUUUACAACGUACUACAACGUGAUAAUAACCUGGGCGUUCUACUACUUGUUCAGCUCGCUACAGGCCGUCCUACCAUGGUCAGACUGCAGCAAUGAUUGGAACUCGGACACCUGUUUUGAUGGCAGCAACAAGACUGUGGUUGACUUGACAAUCAAUAUCACCAUAAUGGUCGCCAGGUCAAACAAUAGCAUAUCACCAACAGAAGAUUUCUAUGAGAGCCGUCUCCUUCAGAAAACCUCCGGUAUUGACUCCCCAGGGGCACUGAAAUGGGACCUGUCCCUUAUUCUGCUGUUCUGCUGGAUCCUGGUAUACUUCUGUUUAUGGAAAGGGCCAAAACUGACAGGCAAGGUUGUGUAUUUCACUGUCACAUUCCCAUACGUGGUGCUGCUGGUUCUCCUGAUACGAGGUUUGACACUGCCUGGGGCUGUCAACGGCAUCCUCUAUUUCAUUGUGCCACGUUGGGAACUCCUCCUGAAUGCAAAUGUGUGGGUGAAUGCCGCUGCUCAGACCUUUAACUCACUUGGUAUUGCGUUUGGAGGCAUCAUCACCAUGUCCAGUUACAACAAGCGUAACAAUAGGAUACUUAAGGAUGUACUUGCGAUAGGGCUGCUGGAUGUGUUCACAUGUGUGCUGGCAGGCUUUGCAAUAUUCUCUAUCCUUGGGUACCUGGCACACAACCAGGGCAAAGAUGUCCAUGAUGUUGUCAAAGAAGGGCCAGGUCUUGUGUUUAUCAUCUACCCUGAGGCGUUCACCAGCAUGCCUGUGUCUCCAUUGAUAUCAGUACUUUUCUUCCUCAUGCUCAUCACCCUUGGAAUAGAUAGUCAGUUUGCCUCAGUUGAAGUGAUUGUUACAACCAUACAAGACCAUUUCAGCCUUCAAGUGAGGAAGUACCUCAAGAGGAAGGAAUUCCUCGUACUGUUAGUCUGUUUGAUCUCAUUUCUUUGCGGCCUGCCAAAUGUUACUCAGGGUGGUAUAUAUUUCUUCCAACUCAUUGACAACUUUUCGUCAGCCAUGUCUCUCAUGUAUCUGGCAUUCUUCGAGGUCAUAGCUAUCACAUGGAUCUACGGAGCACGUCGUUUGGCAAAAGAUGUUGAGAUGAUGACUGGUGUAAGGCCAAACAUUUUCUUUGUUGUUUGCUGGUAUGUCUUCUCACCUCUUCUCAUACUGGGUAUCUGGAUAUUCAGCCUGGUACAAUACACACCCUUCUCUAUGGCUGGUUACGAGUAUCCAGGCUGGGCUAUUGGUCUAGGAUGGUUCCUGGCUGCUCUCUCCAUUGUCUGCAUCCCAGCAGGCAUGAUACAUGCUGUCCUCAACAGUAAGGGGCAGUCACUCUGGCAGAAAUUCUUGAACGCAUUAAAACCUGUGAGUGAAGAAGAAACAACCAUAAUGACUUCUGACACAAAGGAAAGAGAUGUAGAGUAUGUUAGAUAUAAUGGUAGUACUAGAGCCACUCAGUUCCAAGAGGAACACCAUGAAUACCCGAAUGGAAGUCCGUUGAAGCCUCUAAGCUACACAAAGGUGUGACCUGCACACUUUUCUAUGAGCUCUUAUUUAGCAUUGUCAAUUUGUGUUGUAUGCCAUCGUCAGAACCCAGUCACUCACAUGUGCUAUGCAUGGUUGAGUGUGGGAGAUAAGGCAACCCAAAUUGUGUUGGCAUAAAUAAUUGCAUGGAAAUUCAAGCAUUAUUUUAUAACACAUUGGUAAGGUGGCAUAUAGCAGUUGAACUGUCCGUCUGUAAGUCCGUGUGUCAGUCCGAAAACUUAAACAUUGGUCAUAACUUUUGCAAUAUUGAAGAUAGCAACUUGAUAUUUGGCAUGCAUGUGUAUCUCAUGGAGCUGCACAUUUUGAGUGGUAAAAGGUCAAGGUCAUCCUUCAAGGUCAAAGGUCAAAUAUAUGGCUUCAAAGCGGCACAGAAGAGGGCAUUGUGUUUCUAACAAACACAUCUUUUGUUUGCGUUUGUUAUAAUGAAUACAAAUUUCUUGAUGUUGACAUCCUUAAGCUGUUUCAUUUGCAUAUUUUGCUGUACUGUUAAUCACUUUAUAUGUGCGUUCUGUUUUAUUUCAAAUUAUUAACAGUUUAGUAAUGAAUCGCUUUAUAUGUGAGUUCUGUUUUAUUUCAACUUAUUAACAGCUUAGUAAUGAAUUGCUUUAUAUGUGCGUUCUGUUUUAUUUCAACAUAUUUACAGUUUAGAAAUAAAUCGCUUUAUAUGUUUGUUUUGUUUUAAUUCAACUUAUCUACAGUUUAGUAAUAAACAAUUAAAAAAGUAAAAAAUAAUGGUGCAAUAAAUAAAUUUAUGGUUUGUCACUUUUUAUGCCCCCCUUUGAAUAAGAGGGGGUAUAUUGUUUUGCACAUGUCGAUCCGUCCGUCUGUCCGUCCACCGAAUGGUUUCCGGAUGAUAACUCAAGAACACUUACGCCUAGGAUCAUGAAACUUCAUAGGUACAUUGAUCAUGACUCGCAGAUGACCCCUAUUGAUUUUCAGGUCACUAGGUCAAAGGUCAAGAUCAUGGUGACUAGAACCAGUAAAAUGGUUUCCGGAUGAUAACUCAAGAAGGCUUACGCCUAGGUUCAUAAAACUUCAUAGGUACAUUGAUCAUGACUUGCAGAUGACCCCUCUUGAUUUUCAGGUCACUAGUUCAAAGGUCAAGGUCAAAGUGACUUGACACAGAAAAAUGGUUUCUGGAUGAUAACUCUAGAACGCUUACGCCUAGGAUCAUGAAACUUCAUAUGUACAUAGAUCAUGACUCGCAGAUGACCCCUCUUGAUUUUCAAGUCACUAGGUCAAAGGUCAAGGUGACUCGAACCAGUAAAAUGGUUUCCGGAUGAUAACCCAAGAACGCUUACGCCUAGGAUCAUGAAACUUCAUAGGUACAUUGAUCAUGACUCGCAGAUGACCCCUAUUGAUUUUCAGGUCACUAGGUCAAAAGUCAAGGUCACGGUGACUCAAACCAGUAAAAUGGUUUCUGGCUGAUAACUCAAGAACGCUUAUGCCUAGGAUCAUGAAACUUCAAAGGUUUAAUUGAUCAUGACUCGCAGAUGACCCCUAUUGAUUUUCAGGUCACUAGGUCAAAGGUCAAGGUCACGGUGACUCGAACCAGUAAAAUGGUUUCCGGCUGAUAACUCUAGAACGCUUACGCCUAAGAUCAUGAAACUUCAUAGGUCAAUUGAUCAUGACUGGAAGAUGACCCUUCUUGAUUUUCAGGUCACUAGGUCAAAGGUUAAGGUCGCGGUGACUUGACACAGUAAAAUGGUUUCCGGAUAAUAACUCAAGAAAGAUUAUGCCCAGGAUCAUGAAACUUCAUAGGUACAUUGAUCUUUACUCACAGAUGACCCCUAUUGAUUUUCAGGUCACUAGGUCAAAGGUCAAGGUCACAGUGACAAAAAACGUAUUCACACAAUGGCUGCCACUACAACUGACAGCCCAGUUGCAUGUUUUACAAACAGCCCUUGUAAUAUCAUGUGGUCUUCUUAUAGGGUGUGUGAAAAGACUCAGCAAGCCUCACCUUUUCCUAUGCCAUACAAGACUGAUAUUAAAUGAUGUCUAAAGUCAACAACCAAAUAUUCUAUAUUUUUACCUUGGUUUGGAGGAUUGAUGUAAUAAUAACAAAACAAAAAGAGUUGUCAUUAUGGUUGAUAAAUAGAUUGCAAUAAUUUGUACUUGGAUCAAAUUAAGUAAUCUUGGAUUUGGAAUAACACAUGUGAAGUAAAGUAAAGGUUGAAAAAGGUGCUUUAAAAUGUAUUUUACAUGAAGAAUUUUGCAUUUUGAAUUUUUACAAUUAUAAAGAUGUUUGGAUAAUUUUUUAUUGUUAACAGUGUAAUCAGGUCAAUAUAAAAUCUGGUAUAUUUUAGUCAUCAUGUUUGUGUUAGGAAACAAAAUGUACUUGGCGUUUUAAGUAUACAUUUUAUAUCAAAAUAUGAUCAUGUUGUUGGUUUGUAUUUCAUGAUGUUUGAUGUAGAGAAAAUCUUUGUAUUUACAAAUUAUCUUGGUUUUUAUUGUUGCUCAUUAAAAAAAUGUAUUAACCAA